AACCAUGAUUCGAAAAAAAAAUAGGUGUCAGUGUCAACUGUCAAAUCAAAAUUACGAUACGAAGCGAGAAUACUAUAGAAAAUUGGUGAUUGUGUAACACGAUAAACAAUAUGUUUGCCAGGCCCGUGAUGAGGACUAACAUUCUGAGGGCUGUCUCGAGAUGUUAUAGCGAGGGUACUGGUCAAAGCCAGGGAUCUUCGAGCUCAUCCGCUCCGCCCCCGUCCUCUUCUACUGUGCCGGAUGUCCCUGGCCUAAGUAGCGCCGUAGUGGAGCCUGCAUCGCAACCCGUGGGCCCUAACGUCGACCCCGCCAAGUCCGGAGCCUACAAAGUCCCAGAAUAUUAUUGCUAUAAUAACACAAGUUACUUUGAAGCUGAAAUUGAAAUGUUAAAAUACAGAUUGCCCCAACCAUCUGCUCUCAAGAAUUAAUAUAUUUUACCCAAUGUAUAGUAAAUUGUGAUUUAUGUAGCUUACUAAUAAAUUCGUUGUUUAAAUAA